UACGAGGUGUUGUGGUGUUGGAGUCCUAGCAGGGGAAGGUACUGGAGGUUGUAGUGAUGGGUAGAGGGUAAAAACAGAGGUACACUUUAGGUUAGGUAAGGUUAAGUGUUCAUUGGUGUUGAUUCAGUAAUACGAUCUUUUUUUCUUUUAAGAUACAAAUGUAGAGGGACGAAAUAGGGAAGCAGGAAGACCACCACCACCAUCACCACCAGCAGUGUGGAAGAAAGUUUAGGCAAGCGAAGAAAGUUGGAAAAUUAAUAAUUAAACGCUUGCUGUCUUUUAUUAUCUUGAGUAUAAAAUGGUUAUAUGACAAUCUCUCUGGAAAGGAAGAAUGCAGAUGAACUGGAUGAAAGAAUCAGUAGGGAUGAAGUGGAGAGGUGUGUGAGAAGGCAGAAGAAUGGCAAGGCAGCAGGUCCAGAUGAUAUACCCUAUGAGUUCUACAAGAAUGGUGGGGAGGUAGUGAUAGAAUGACUGAGUUAUUCAACCGAGUGUGGGAUGAAGAGAGAGUGCCAAGAAAGUGGAAUGAGAGCCGAGUGUGUCUGUUGCAUAAGGGAGGAUUUAAGAGUAAGAAUGAGCUGAAGAACUACAGGCCAAUUGCAUUAGUGAAUACAAUAGGUAAAGUUUUCAGUGCAGUGUUGAAUGAGAGACUGUGUAAAUGGAUUGAGAGAGCUGGAAUGCUGGGUGAAGAACAGAAUGGUUUUCGUAGGGACAGGAGAGCUGAGGACAAUAUGUUUGUGGUGAAUGAAAUGAUUGAGAAGAAAAAGAAGGAUGGAGGUAAAUUGUACCUAGGUUUUUUGGAUAUAGAGAAAGCUUAUGAUAGAGUGAACAGAGAAAUGUUAGGUAGAGUCUUAGAAAAGAUUGGAUUGAGUGCAAAGAUAGUUAACAUAGUGCAAAGUAUGUAUGUGGACACAAGAGCUAGAUACAGGCUAGGAGACAUAGAAACAGACUGGGUGAAGAGUGAGAGAGGAGUUAGGCAGGGCUGUAUAUUGUCACCAACCCUUUUUAGCCUGUAUACAGAGGAGCUAGCAGCCAGGAUGAGAAGAAUGAAUGUAGGGGUAAGUGUGGGGAAUGAUAAAGUAUGUGUGCUCCUUUAUGCAUAUGAUAUAGUUGUUAUGAGUGAAUCAGCAGAUGAGCUUCAAAGUUUGUUGGAUGUAGUGGAUGGCUAUGGUAAAGACUUUGGAGUAAGGUUUAGCAGUGAGAAAAAGCAAAGUAAUGAUUGUGAAUAGGUCAGAGGAUGAAAGUAAUGUGGUAUGGAGACUUGGAGAGAAUGAGUUGAGACAGGUGCAAGAAUACAAGUACUUAGGGAUGUGGAUGAGUCCUAGUGGGUGUGCAAAGGCAAAGAAUGAAAAGAUAAGUAUGGUAAACCAGUGGGUAGGUCGAUUGGGAAGCGCGGCAAGGAUGAGAGCAAGUAAGUAUGAUGUGUUGAGAGAAGUGUGGAAGAGUGUGGCUGUGCCAUGUAUAAUGUAUGGUAUGGAUGUGAUUGCAUGGAAUGAAAGUGAAAUUGAUAAGUUAGAAGUGGGCCAGAACAAAGUAGCAAGGAUGGCACUGAGUGCACCGAGGUGCACAGCAGUUGAAGCCUUGAGAGGUGACAUGGGAUGGAGCACCUUCAGAGAAAGACUGACAAAAGCCACACUUAGGUACAAGAUUAGGCUUGAGAGAAUGGAUGAUGCAAGAAUAGCAAGGAAGGUGUACCUGUGGAAUGAAAGUGGAAGCAAAUGGAGGAAGAGAUGCAUGAGAAUGACAGACAGGAAUGGAUUGCAAGUUGUGUGGGCGAUAAGAAUGGCUGGUAGGAAUCAAAAUGAGCGUGAAUGGGUGGUAACAAGAGGAGGAAGAGUGGGAGCCGAAUGGGAUGUGAGAAAAUGGAAGAAUGAGAUAGACAAAAAAGUGAAAUGUGUGGGACGGAAUGAAUGGAAGAAUGAGAUGGAAAGAAAGAAGACCCUGGAAUGGUACAAGGAGAAAGAGGCCCCGAGGUAUGAAAGCUGGUAUGAUGGAAGCCUGGGCGGUGAUCUUCUCUUUCGAGCGAGGGCACAGUGUAUGGAUGUGAAUGCAAGGAGUUACAGGUGGUCUGAGUCCCUCAGCAAAGUGUGCCAGAUGUGUGACAUGGGAGAGGAUGAGACGGUGGAACAUGUGGUGCUGGAGUGUGUGCAGUAUGCCAGAGACAGGAAUGAGAUGAUGCAAGUGAUACUGACUGAGUUAGGGCAUGAUAGGAAUGAAAGAGUGGAGAAGACAGGAAAGGAAUGGAUGGUGUUGUUGCUGGGACUGUGUAGAGAGGCGAAUGAAAGGAUGAUUGAGGCGGUGAAAGAGUUUCUGGAGAGAAUGUGGCGUGCCAGAUGUAUGAACAAUUAGGAUAGAGGAUGCUGUUCGUUUCUCUUUUUUUCCCCCCUUUCUACAGGAGUUGCCGAUCCAAAGGCCUGGCUCAGGAGUGAUCCUGUGCCACCUGUACCAUCAAGAUCAAGAUCAAGAAAAAAAAAAAACAUUUAAAGCAAAACAGGUUCAAAAGAGGACGAGGAACCUGCUAACCCACACUAACCAUGGGUCCUAAACGAAGCAUCGAGAAAAAGCCAGCCAGCAAACCCACCAAGAAGGCCAAGAAGGACACAGGAGGGUCGGGAAGCAAAGGCGAGCUGGUGGAGGUGAAGUGUGGGCCUUCCUUCACCCUCACCGCCCCGCCCCCUACCCGCAACGCCCUGGGCCAGCUGGUGUUUGAGGGCGCCCCUGAGUUCCGCCCCAACCUGACGCCCCAGGAGGUGUUGCAGAUGGGGAGUUUCGGUGGGACUUACUUCAGGCCCAUCAAGUCCAGUGUGACAGGUGAAUCGUACCGUGAUGUUUGUAAGGAGCUGCCCUCGGAUUGGCUGAAGGGGCUGAACAUCAAAACACAGAUUGCAUCCUCCAUUUAUGACACAGAGGUUAACAAGUUCAAGGUGAAGUGUGGAGGGUCGCUGGAGAUGUGGGAACAGAGUGGAUGGAUACACAAACAAGACCCUUAUGGAUGGUUUAUGUGGUACUGCAGGUACUUCCAAGGGCGUCGCACUGAGGACGACGAGAGGCAGAUAGGCAGGUGGAGUCGCUGUGCAGGACCCAAGGGCAGGUGGAGGCAGAACCUGGUGACUAAGGUGGUUCGAGCAGGGGCCAGCUUUGAUGAUGCCUCUGUGUCCCCUGUGGUGCGCCAGACCCUGCAGCACUGGGGGUAUGAACUCAACAAGCACGACUAUGACCUGGGGGUGAAGCGAGUCAAGAAGUAGGUGACAGGGGGGAGAGAGAGAGAGAGAGAGAGAGAGAGAGAGAGAGAGAGAGAGAGAAAAUAUAGAGUUUGUAUGUGAUUUGAAAGAAAGAAAGAGUUUGCAGCUAGAAAGAGAGAAAGAGAAAAGAUAGAAAGAGAGAAUAGUGUUUGCAUAUAAUUUGAAAGAAGAAAGAAUUUGCAGUUAGAGAGAGAGAGAGAGAGAGAGAGAGAGAGAGAGAGAGAGAGAGAGAGAGAGAGAGAGAGAGAGAGAGAGAGAGAAGCACCAAACCAAACUAGAAAUUAAAAUAAAUACAUAAAAACACAAAUAUGAGAAAGAAAAUGACAAAUAAAGAAUUACAUUUUAGGAAUUCAGUAAGGUAGAGAGAGAGAGAGAGAGAUGAAGCUAUGAGGUUUAGUUACAAUGGACAGAGUAGGACAAGAUGGAAAUGAGGAAAAAGAGAAAAAAAACAUUAGAGAAAGUAAGUGAUUUUUUGCAAGGAAACCAAACUGCCAUUAUUACCAGCAAAGUGAAGUUUACUGUGGAGAUUGUUGUUUUGUUUUGAGUGGCCCGGCCUGACUGUAACACUAUUGAAACACUAAUGUCUCAGGAACUAUGCAACUGAUCAUAAUUAAACUAGCACCAUAUGAUUGCACAACUAUCAAUUUUAUAUGGUGUAGCUUUCAUCUCUUAUGGGUGAGUCAAUGGGUAGCUUGCAAAAGAUAGAAGGGUGUUGAAAAUGGGAUUCCCCAAAACUAUUUGACCAGUUUUAGUGAAACUUAAGAGGUGUAAUGUUUUUAUAAUUCUAAUAAAGUUUGUCAUGUUAGCUUUGAAGCAGCGCUGCACCUGCACAAAGUCAAAAUUCCAGCUUUUUAACUAAUCAACCAGUCAUGUUCAAAUUGAUAAGAGUAAUACAAGUUAUAAUAAAAAAAAAAGUCAUGUCAAAUCAGCAACACUACUGUGCAUGGUCAGAAUACAGUAUAAGACUUUUUGCUAAGUGACCGUCAGUUUUCUGCAAUUUUCACCAACUUCCUUUUUUUUUGUCUCAAUGAGAGCGGACACACACACCACUGAACGCAGCAUGAAAUUUCCUAUCCAGAGGUAUACAGCACAACCAUUGGGCUCUUGCAAAGUUUUGAGCUAGAGUGAUUGGAAUGUUAGCCAAGUGUGUGAGAUGCUGGGUGCCUCAAAUUACUGCCAACUGACAGCUUUGCUCAUCACUCGCCUUCCGAGACGUUUUACUGAUUUAAAUGUACCUCAUACCUCAGGGCUCUAGUUAUUUUAUACAAUAAAUGUAUUAGUGAUUAUUGUGUAAUGUAAAAGGUAGGGAACAGUCUCAUUGGGAAGGGGCGGGGGUGAACCAGCGUGUGCGUACUGUGGGGCAUUGUCUGAGCUGCCCCGUGUGUUACUGCCAGCCUGGUAUAGAGAUAAAUAGUUUCAAAGUAAGCCUUUUAUCUGUAAGUCUGCUCAGAAAUGAUAAGAUUAAGAGGAGUUAGGUUUUAUUUAUUUAUCUUGUCUGUACUUAAGAAAUGCCAGGGAAAGGUGAUUGGUGUAAUAAAGAGAUAGUAAAGAAAUAGUAGUAAUAACAUACAAGCAAGUUUUUAAUAGUCUUAAGUGUAUUUUGUGUCCCAAGAGGCAAUAAAUCUAUAGAAAUGAUAAAUUAAUGAUAAAUAUAUAGAAAGUAAAAAGAAGUCAUGUGAAUUAUAAUUACUGUAAGGAAACAAUGGAUCUGUUAAAAUGUUUUAGUGUUUUGUAAUACAGUGUGAUUUCUUAA